AAGACCAUGAAAACGGACGAAGUGCUGGAGAAAGUGCAGGACAGCAGAAGAGUCCCUCGGAAAAUGCAAGACAGGCCAGUAGCACGAGUGAUCUAGGGGGGUGCACACGGCCGCCGCUGUUGUCUCCGUCUGUAUGAGUGUGUGUUUGUGCCUGUGACGUCAGCCAGCCAGCCAGCCAACCUUGCCUCACCUGUCAGGCAUCCAUCCUUCCUCUCCCCUCUCCGCCCCUGCCUUCCCUCCGCCCUCUCCUCAUGGGGCGGCGCCGAGACAGCCUGGCAUGGGGGGCGUGGCGAGCCAGGGGGGCGUGGAGGCCGUGGGGGACGUUGGGGGCGUGGGGUGUGUGUCUAGCUGCCGCCCUCUCCAUCCUUGCCCCGUAUCCUGCAAAUGCUUCCUUCAGGCUGGGCAGUCCGUGGGGUUGGCGGUGCGUGAACGAAACCUGCGUGAAGGAAGAGAAAGACCCGCGCACCAUCUUACCUGACCUGGACACCUGUAAACUUACCUGCGCGAGGGGGAGCGUGAUAUGGCCUCGCCCCACUGGCCUCGUGCGCAUCGGAAAUGAGACAGUUUUCUUCCUCCUGGGGGCACUGGAGCUGGGGAAGGUGAACACAGGAAACCCCGAAGCUGAGGAACUGGUGAGAGAGUCCUUUAACAUUUUCAACACCACCUUGGCUUCCUUAUCUUCGCUGGCUGAUGGCGCGCAUUUACCCAAGGGCGCCUUCACUGACCAGGUGCGGCGGCAUCGCGUGGUGGUCGAGGUGGUGCUGGUGGGCGGCGGGCACCAGACGACCCUCUCCCCACACACACGCGAGGCCUACACCCUCAGCAUCACGACGCAGGAACUCACGACCCGCCCCGUCAUCUUUGCCACGGACUUCUUCGGCGCCCGCCACGCCCUAGAGACUCUGAGCCAGCUGGUGGUGAGCGACGAGGACACGGGCCUGCUGAAGGUGGUGAAGACAGCGGCGGUGACGGACGCGCCGGCGUUCGCGUACCGCGGGCUGUUGGUGGACACCUCGCGUAACUUCGUGACGGUGGCGGCGCUGCGGCGCACGGUGGACGCGAUGGCCGCCAGCAAGCUGAACACCCUGCACUGGCACAUCACGGACUCCCACUCCUUCCCGCUGGCCCUGCACUCCCUCCCAAACAUGGCCUACUACGGCGCCUACUCCGCCAGGCAGGUGUACACGCCGGCGCAGGUGCGCGACCUGGUGCAGUACGCGCGCGUGCGCGGCGUGCGUGUGCUGCCCGAGCUGGACGCGCCCGCACACGUGGGCAAUGGCUGGCAGUGGGCCGAGAAGGAGGGACUGGGCCGACUUGCAGUGUGCGUCAACCAGGAGCCGUGGCAGCAGUACUGCGAGGAGCCGCCAUGUGGGCAGCUCAACCCUUCCCUCAACGCCACCUACUCCCUGCUGGGCCAGCUAUACACACACCUGCUGCAGCUCUUCCCCGCGCACCACUACUUCCACUACGGCGCCAGUCAGGUCAGUAUUAAUUGUUGGAACCUGACGGAGGAGGUGACGGAGUACCUGAAGGAGACGGGACGAGGGCAAGGGGCUGAGGACUUCCAUGACUUAUGGGGGGAGUUCCAGCGGCGCGCGAGGGAGCUGGUUGAGGCGGCGAGCGGAGACGUGACCCUUGGCGUGGUGAGGUCCUCCAGUCUGACAGAGGCGGAGAGACGUAAGCGCCACCUGGACCCGGAGUAUUACAUUAUCCAGAUCACCACUCCUGACGCAGUGGAGGAAGCCAGGCGCCUCACACAGGAAGGCUACAGUGUUAUCCUGAGCGACCCGAAGACCUGGGACUUAUCCAGCGGCCACGGGGAUGCUUACGGCUCUGGUCCCGUGCCCAAGGAUGCCUACAAGGGGUGGCAGGCCGUGUACGGGACCCACCUGCAGAAGGGCGCGGGUCCUGGAAAGGUUCUUGGGGGCGAGGCGGUACUGUGGAGUCAUCAGGUGGAUGGUGGUAAUCUGGAUGCCACGGUGUGGCCGCGCGCCGCAGCGCUGGCGGAGCGUCUGUGGAGCAACCCGUCCACCUCGUGGCGGGAGGCAGAGACCCGCUUCAUCCACCACCGGCAGCGCCUCGUGCAGCGCGGCGUGCAGGCGGAGCGAAUACAGCCCCAGUGGUGCCACCAGAACGAGGGCCUCUGUUAUCUCUAGUGCCAGAGCAGUGCCAGGCUGUGGUGCUGCUGAGUGCCCGCAGUUAGUGCCAGCAGUGCCGCCACAGCAAGGCACUCCUUCCUCUGUAGUGCCAGUGUGCCGAGCAAGAGAGAGACACCUGGCGUUAGUGCCUCGGAGUGCCGGCAUGAGAACAGUUGCGUUGCGGCAUCAGGAGUCGUGUUCUGGAACGUUUCGGUGCCUUGUUUGGAGUGUUAUAGCUGCUGUAGUGGAGACUGCUAGGGUCUUCAGGAGUGUUGUCAUGAAUCAGUAGUUUAACAGGCUGGUGGAAGUCAUCGGGGUUUACAAGUGAGUUUGACAGUGCCAGUGGAAGUUAUUCGAGGGUUUUCAAGAAUAUUCUCACGAUUCUAGUGAUAUUAAUGUUAUCUGGGGUUUUGAAAUGUUAUUGGGGGUUUUCAAAGAUGUUUUCGUGAUUCAGUACUGUAACAAGUUUUACUGGAAGUUAUUGGGAGUUUUCAUGACUGUUCCGCGAUACAUUAGUCCAGCAGGCUGCAGUGGAAGUCUUUAGGUUUCCACCGGUGUGUCCAUGACCAGUGACAGAUUAACAAGGGUUUCACGUCACCAGCAGGAAAAAUCACCAGUGGGAACCUGACCAAUCACCUGUGUCGUAUUGUUUAUGCAUAAUUCUUUAUCUUGUUUAUUUAUUUAUUUUCCUUUUCACAUUAGGAAGGCCAGCCAGGGGUAAAGAUAAACAAGAAAAAAAAUCCUUUCAGUUAUUCAUUUAUUUAUUUUUCCAUAUUACACGUUUAGGGUGAGUGGCCAAUGUUAGAAUAUGAGUAAGGAAAAAGAAAAUGGUGCCCUGU